AUGAGGGCCCUUCUUGCGUUGAUACUCUUUGCACUUUAUGGCUACCAGGUCGCUAUAUGUCUCAACUUUCCUUUUGAAGCCGAGCAGCUGACCAAAGAUGACAUCGGCGACUUCCGGGAUAUCGACUUCGCGAACGAGACGCGAGCGGGCUCGGUGCAAGACGGUCCAGACUGCCGGGAGUACCCAGGGACGCCCAACUGGCCCCUUGAGGAAGAGUGGUUGAAGCUAAACCGCUCGUUGGGAGGCGCCUUGAUUAAGGGGAUCCCGCCGGCAGCGGUCUGCUACGACGGCCCGUACAAGGACGAGGACGCGUGCAGCUGGCUCGUCCGGAACGCGUCCUCAACCCGAUUCUAUAUCAACGACCCCGUCACCGUCUUGACGGAAUGGCCUGUCGGCGAUCCCUGCCACGCAACGCUCACACCACAGGGGGCAACCUGUACCCAAGGGGCUUUCCCGGAAUACGUCGUGAACGUAUCCACGGUGAGGCAGAUACAGGUCGCCGUGAAUUUUGCCCGGAACAGGAACCUUCGAUUAGUUAUCAAGAACACGGGCCACGAGUUCGUCGGGCGAUCGAGCGGCUUCGGCAGCCUGAGUAUCUGGACGCACUGGCUGAAGGAUUUUGAGUUCCUGCCGCAAUACCAGAUCGGGCCGUACCAAGAUUCGGCGGCGCGCGUCGCUUCUGGCAUCGAGAGCUGGGAGAUGUUUGCGCACAUGCAACGUCACAACAUGACGACAGUGGUAGCGGGUGGCUACACCGUCGGCGCGUACGGCGGCUGGAUCGCGGGCGGGGGGCACUCGGCCUUGGCCUCCAAGUACGGGCUCGGUGCCGACCAACCCCUCUCCAUCCAGGUCGUCACCGCCGACGGCCGGUUUGUCACCGCCGACCCCUUCCAGAACCAGGACCUGUUCUUUGCCCUGCGUGGAGGUGGGGGAAGCACCUUCGGCGUUGUAACGUCUGCCAUCGUCAAGGUUCACCCGCCCACAACAGUCCUCUCCUCCUCAGUGGCGUUUUCAGUCUCGCAGUCGGAAGAUGUUGAGAAGUUCUGGACCGGCUUCGACAUAUACCACGAAUUUGGGAAGAAUAUUGUCGACAACAAUGGCACUGCAUGUUACGUAUCGCGCCGACCCGGUAACGACAGCUUCGGCUUCACGACCGACAUCGAGCUGCCAGACGUGUCCGACGCGACGCUCGCCGAGUUCGUGCGGCCGCUGCUCGAGGAUCUGCGAGCGGCGGGGCUCGACGUUACGAGCCGGGCGCCGACCCCGGCGGCGAACUGGAUGGCGCCGGCGACGGAGGGCCGGGGGGACGUGCCGUCGAGCGGGCGAUUCGGGAGCCGGCUGUUGCCGCGGGCUAGCUUCGAGGGCGGGGCGGCGUUCGCGCGGACGCAGGCCGCGCUGCGGCGGUCGAUCGAGGCGGGGUACACGUUCCACGGGAUCCACCUGGCGCCGACGGAGGCGGCGGCGGGAGCGUGGCCGGGGGACAGCGCGGCAAACCCGGCGUUCCGGCGGGCGGUGAUUCACGCGGACUUGUUCGACCCGACGGCGCUGCGGGGCCUGGGGCCCGCGGCGUUCCAGGCGGCGCACGCGCGGCUGGCGGCGGCGCUGGACGAGUGGCGCGCCGCGUCGCCCGGGGCCGGGGCGUACAUCAACGAGAGCGACGUCGAGGAGCCCGACUGGCAGCAGGCCUUUUUCGGCGGCGGCGACCGCUACGCGCGCCUGCUCGCGGUCAAGCACCGCCGCGACCCCUGGGGCGUCUUCUACGCCCCGACCACAGUCGGCAGCGAGGCCUGGGUCGUGAGCACUCCCGACGGGAUGCCGACACAGAACGGGCCGCUGUGCCGAGCCAGCGCGGUGCAGCGGCGGCGACGCGGCGAGACGAGAGCGGGACGGGCGCGAGAGGCAAGGUAGAGAGCUGUGGGCCUUUAGUGCUUUUUCUUUGUAAGGAAUUCAACUCGAUUCUGUUUCUUGCGCCACCCGUCCCCUCCCUCUCGCGUCUAAUUUAGCCGGGGAGAGGGCGAAGGGGGGGCCGGGAGAUGAGGGUUGAAGGAAAAGGGGGUGGGAGGGGCUGCUGCGGACUGUACUGGGCCAUUCCGAUCCUGAUUGGGAACAGGCAUCUUAACAGGGCAAGCUGUCAUUUGGGCGUAGGCAGAGGUAAAACGUUGCCAGGCGGUUGUAGAAGAAGAUGAUAUCGCUCGCUUUAGACUCGUCCCAGGGCGUU